CGUUGCCCAGAAUAUACGAGUCCCUUGUCCCUCACCCCUAUGCCCUACUCGCAAAUAAUGAGUUAUUACGAGGGAUUGAAUUAUGCGAAAUUAGGAGGCAUCCGAUCCUCACAAAAGAUGCGAGUUCAAUCUUCUACGAUUGAGAUUUUUUCUAUCAUCUGACAGAAACUGAAUAUUGAGACCCCAAGUAACAUGCCCAAAAACUAAUAAAUACCCGAGAUCAACCCAAAAAAACGCAGAGAAAUUUCCCCAUAGAAUACAAGAGCAGUGCAGCGACAAUAGAAAUGGGGAUGGGGACCCAAGCUUACCACGCUCUACGCAGAUCGAAAACAAUUUUUGGACGCUUACGAUCAGCGCAGCAGGGUUCGUUGUUGCCUUCGAUCCAGCGCUCAAUCUCAACAACAAGGGCAGCGGAGGAGCCGGAGACUGCAGCGGCAGCAGCCAAGCCUGUUGGAGGAGCGAGGGUGGAGUUGUUUAAGCCGGCGGAGGCGAUUGAAGUGAGUGUGGAUGGACACUCAGUUAAAAUUCCAAAGGGUUUUACCGUUCUUCAGGCUUGCGAGCUAGCUGGGGUCGAUAUCCCACGUUUCUGUUAUCAUCCCCGUCUCUCCAUCGCAGGAAAUUGCAGAAUGUGUCUCGUCGAGGUGGAGAAAACCCCCAAGCCUGUUGCAUCUUGCGCAAUGCCUGCGCUUCCAGGUAUGAAGAUAAAGACAAAUACUCCAUUGGCAAAGAAGGCGAGGGAAGGAGUGAUGGAGUUCUUGCUGAUAAAUCAUCCCCUUGAUUGCCCAAUUUGUGAUCAAGGAGGGGAGUGUGAUCUCCAAGAUCAGUCAAUGGCAUUUGGGUCAGACCGUGGGCGUUUCACGGAGACCAAGAGGUCUGUUGUGGAUAAGAACCUUGGUCCUCUUGUUAAAACUGUCAUGACCCGGUGUAUCCAGUGUACAAGGUGUGUCAGGUUUGCUUCUGAGGUUGCUGGAGUGCAGGACCUUGGUGUUUUGGGACGUGGAAGUGGUGAGGAGAUUGGUACCUAUGUAGAAAGAUUGAUGACAAGUGAACUUUCAGGGAAUGUGAUAGAUAUCUGUCCUGUUGGAGCCCUUACCUCAAAACCAUUUGCCUUCAAAGCAAGAAACUGGGAACUAAAGGGCACAGAGAGCAUUGAUGUUACUGAUGCAGUUGGAUCCAACAUAAGAAUUGACAGUCGAGGUCCAGAAGUGAUGAGGAUACUGCCUCGUCUGAAUGAGGACAUAAAUGAAGAGUGGAUAUCAGAUAAGACACGGUUUUGUUAUGAUGGCCUCAAGCGACAAAGGUUAAAUGAACCUAUGAUUCGUAGAUCGGAUGGUCGCCUUGAGCCUGUGAGCUGGCGUGAUGCUCUUGAGGUUAUUGCACAGGUUGCCCGUGAAGUAUCACCGGAGGAAAAGGUUGGUAUUGCUGGGAAGCUCUCUGAUGUUGAAUCCAUGAUGGCUUUGAAGGACUACAUGAACAAAAUGGGAUCUGAUAACAUAUGGUGUGAAGGAGAUGGCAUGGAUCCUCAGGCAGAUUUGCGCUCUGAUUUCCUCUUGAACACAAGCAUUGCUGGCCUUGAGAAGGGAGACGCUUUCUUAUUUGUUGGCACAAAUCCAAGAGUUGAAGCUCCAAUGGUAAAUGCACGGAUUAGAAAAGCUGUGAGAGAAGGACAUGCAAUAGUAGCCUCUGUUGGCCCUCCCAUGGACUUAGCUUAUGAUCAUGAGCACUUGGGUGUCGGACCAGAAUCUCUUAUUCAGAUAGCAGAAGGCAGGCAUCCAUUCUGCUCAACCCUAGUUAAUGCAAAGAACCCCGUCAUUGUUGUUGGGGCUGGGAUUUUUGAUCGUAAGGACAAAGAUGCUGUCUUGGCUGCAGUUGAUAUUAUUGCAAAACAUGCCAAAGUUAUCAGGAAUGACUGGAAUGGACUUAACUUUCUUCUGCUGAAUGCUUCUCAAGCUGGUGGGCUAGAUCUUGGCCUUGUUCCUGGUGCUGGUUCAAAGACUCCUAAGGAAUCUGCAAAGUUCAUUUACUUGCUAGGGGCAGAUGAGAUUCAACUCGAUAAAAUUCCAAAGGAUGCAUUUGUUGUUUAUCAGGGACAUCAUGGUGACCGAAGUGUUUACCGUGCUAAUAUAAUUUUACCAUCUGUAGCUUUUAGUGAGAAGGAAGGAACAUAUGAAAAUACGGAAGGUUGUACCCAGCAGACCAGUCCUGCAGUACCCACAGUUGGUGAUUCCAGGGAUGAUUGGAAAAUUCUUAGAGCCCUAUCUGAAGUAUGUGGUGAUGCUCUCCCAUAUGAUACAGUUAGUGCACUUCGUGUACGCAUUAGGGCUGUCUCUCCAAAUUUGUUUAGACUUGAUGAAAGGGAACCCACAUCAACAUGGAUUCGAGAGUUGAAGCCUGAAUUCAAUCCUAAAAUGAGUUCAAAGCCCUUCGCCAAUGUUAUUGAUAACUUCUACAUGACUGAUUCCAUAACCCGGGCAUCAAAAAUAAUGGCUCAGUGCACUGCAUCAUUAUUGGGUCGAGAAUAGUAAGUAUUCUUCAAAGUUUGUUUUGUGCAGUAAGUAAAAUUUCACAAGACAUGAUCUUAACCAUUUUCAUUUCUGGGCUGUUUGUGUCCAAUAUCUAUUGUAUCCUUGGCUGCAAUGGUGACAGAAUAUGUAUUCUGCUCAUUUGAUUUUUCACUUAACUCUCAUUUAGUCAAAUUCAUCUUUACGCAUGUUUAUGGAGGUCGCAUUUCUUCUAGCCUGUGGAAAUUAUCAAAUGACACUAGUAAAACUUUCCUUAAAGCAUGAGUAUUCAUUUCCUUGCAACUUUCUCAUAUGUAACUGGUAAGGAUGAGUUUGUUUGUGCAGUACAGAAGACUUCAACCUGUCAAAUGUAAUGAAUGUGUCUAGAACAUAUGCUCAUGAUAUUUGCUGGAUGGAGCAUUGUUAUUCUGGAUUGUGAAGAAAUAUUUUGAAAUAAGAGUAGUGUCACUGUUUUAGUUUUCUA